CCGUCCUCCGUCGCUUCCUGACGUUUUGUUCACGCGCGGGCUCCUUGCUCCCUGUCUGACUCCCCCACCUGGCGCGCGCCCCAAAGGGCAGAGCCCCGUCGGGCUCCUUCCCAGUCCCCGGAACCUGCCUGCCUGUAGACCGUGCUCAGAACAUGUGAGUUUGGUGACGAUCAGAUCAGCAGAUGUGAUGCUGGACUUGGAAAAAAGCCUGGCCAGGCAGUGGACCCUGGAGGACGAGGAGGAACAGGAGCGAGAACGGCGGCGGCGACACCGGAACCUGAGCUCCACCGCGGACGGCGAGGUGGCCCAGCCGGCCCAGGACGGAGACCCGGCGGCCCCAGCGAGAGGAUACCUUAGAAGCCCGACGUGUAAAGCAGAUAAAAGCGAUCCUGAUUUAAGCGAUGGUGGCUGGGGGUGGGGGGCACGGCCCUCCUUCCUCGUCCCUCCCACGUGGCCCCAGAGGCAUCUUCACUGGGUCGGGUGGGGGGCACCCCAGGGUCUCUCCCACCUCUGCCGGCCUCUGACUCUGUCUCCCGCCCCAUCUCCCAUCUUGCGACUCAGACUGCCGAGCGUGGAGGAGAUGGAGGUCCCCCCCGGAGCGCCCCUAGACUCCGGAGGUGAGGCCGAGGGCGUGCGGGCCGCCCUCAGGGCGCGGCAGGAGUGGGGGCAGAGGCAGCGGGAGGUGGAGCUCGCACCGGCCCCCGUCCCGGAGCAGCUGGAGGCAGAGGAGGGGGGCGGCGCGGGCACCGGGCAGGCCGGGCAUCCGCCCCUGGCGCCCGAGAAGGAGCUGGAGCCGCUGCCUCGCCGGAGACUCAGCCGGGAGCAGUGGAGCUCCUGGGUCCGGGAGGAGGAGAGCCUGGCAGGCAGGGAGCCGGCAUGCAGCGGGAAGGGGGGCUCAGAGAAGCCCUCUGCCCCGGAGAAGACAUCGGCGCCCGAAAAGAGCCUGGACUCCAAGGAAAUCUCCGCCUCCAAGAAGACCCCCAGCCCUGAGAACGUGUCUGUGUCCCAGAAGAUCGCAGUGUUGGAGAAAAGAACCAUCUUGGGAAAGAGGUUGGUUCUGGAAAAAACGAGUGUCUUGGAGAAGCUGCCGUCCCCGGGGAAGACGUCGGACUCAGAAAAGAGACUGACGUCUGAGAAAGCAGCAGUCUUUGAGAAGACCCCGGCCCCUGAGACGCAGCUGGCCCCAGUGAGGGCGGCGGCCCCAGGGCAGCCCCAGCCCCAGCCCCAGGAGCAGCCAGCCUCUGCGGAGAGCCCGUCCACCCCCAAGGGGCAGGGGCCGGCCGGCCCCGAGCAGGAGCCCCCGUCCUCGGCGGGGCUGCGGGAGCAGGGCUCGCAGCGUCCGGCUGUGACUUGCCACCUCCCACCCAUCACUCUCCAGAUGAAAAUCCCCAGCAAGGAGGAUGAGGCGGACGCGCCCUCGCCCACCCAGGCCACCUACAGCAGCUCCCUGAAGCACUCCAGCCCCAGGACCAUCUCCUUUCGGAUGAGCCCCCGGAGAGAGCACUCAGAGGCAGCCUUAACCCGCAGCAUCAGCAUGAGGCUCCCGGCCAGCUCCUCCACACUGGGCCAGAAGCUGGAGAGAUACCACACCGCUGUACAGAGAUCAGAGUCGGUCAGGUCUCCGGGCCCCUCCCGCGCCGAGCUCUUGGUGGCCCCCGUGGACGUCGCCGGCAAGCGCCAUCUCUUUGAGAAGGAGCUGGUGGGUCAGGGCCGAGAAGGACCAGCCUCCAGCCGGAAGCUCUCUUUUCAGGAGGACUUGCGGCUCUCGGGGGUUGUGACGUCGAGGCUCAACCUGUGGAUCGGCAGGACCCAGGCGUCAGGAGAUCAGGACCCGCAGGAGGCGCAGAAAGAGUCGGCAGCCGCCAGGAGGGUCCAGUGGAGGAAGAAAGCAGACUCCUCCCUGGAUGCCAAGGUGUGAGAAGCCUGGUCUCGAGGCUCAGCAGGCGCACCUCUGUCUCGUCACCCCCGCUCCCUUUCUGCCUUGGACCUGGGACCAGGAGCGUGGGGGGCACUCAGCCAGCUCCUUCGCUGCCCAGCCUCCGGGGCAGGUGUGCCUGGCCCCUUGUCCUGCUGCGGGCACGGCGGAUCCUGGGCCCCUGCGCCAGCCUGGACGCAGCACGAGUCUCGUCCGCGCCUCCGGCCUCGGCGUCCUGUCCAGAGAAGCCUCCUCCUCCUCCCUUCCAGGCUCAGGGGCGCCGUCCUGCAAGAAGCCCAGGGUCCCUGCCUGGUCUGAGCCCAGCAGGUGGCUCCGCGUACCUCUCAGAGGCCGGUCCACCCACUUCGGCCAGGCUGGAAGAGUCACACUCUCUUCUUUGGCCCCGUCCCGAGCCACGCUGUGCUCCCCUCCCCCCGUUCUCAGGAAAGAGCUGAUAAACUCAUUCAC